UGUGUGUGUGUGUGCAGGUCUGCUCAUGCGCCCAUGAAGAGAUGCUGCUGCUGCUGCUGCUGAUCAGAGGUGUGUGCGCUGCGGCGGGCUUAUUUACACCCGUUCAGUCACACUGCAUCAUAGAAAAGCUCUGGCGCUCCUUAGGAAAUGGACUUUCUAAAGGGAUUAAUGUGUGUCUGCGGUGAUACAUCUCAAGCUCUAAAUUUGCAUCAUCAGUCCCACAAGCUGUUCCUCCAAACAGUGUGGAAAGGAUUUACACAGCCACAUUACUGAAGAGGAUUCUAUGACUUAUGCUACAUCCACAUUUUAACUGCGUGUCAGAGAUGCUCCCUUCCAUAAAGUGUUGCAUUAGGUGGGCCGUCUGCUUGUCCUUUAUUCUCGCACUGAUCCCCAGGUCCAGAGGAUCGAUGCUGAAUUGUCACAAAAUGUGCAUAUGCGCCAGCAACAUUGUCAGCUGCUCCAAGAUGAACUUGACGAUGGUUCCGUCCGAGCUGCCCAACUACACAGCUGUGCUUGACAUUAGUUUUAAUGAGAUAACCGGACUGCGCGCACAAUGGACCAAGCACAAACUUCCCAACCUCCACAACCUCUUGCUCAGCCACAACGGUUUGUCAUUCAUCUCUUCUGAAGCAUUCGUUUUUGUAAAGCAAUUGCGCUACUUGGAUCUGUCAUCGAAUAAACUGCGACAGCUGGACGAGUUCAUUUUUGAGCCACUGAUAGAUCUGGAGGUUCUGCUGCUCUACAACAACCAGAUCUCGCAGAUCGACCGCACAGCCUUCUCGGGCCUCAGUGGCCUGCAGAAGCUCUACCUGAGCCAGAACCAGGUGUCCCGCUUCCCCCUGGAGCUCGUCAAGGACAAGAGCCGACUGGACAAGCUGAGCCUGUUGGACUUGUCUUCCAAUCGGAUCAAAGUUCUCCCCAUUCAAGACCUCCAGGCGCUGCCGGCCUGGAUCAAGAACGGGCUGUACUUCCACAACAACACCCUCAUCUGCGACUGCGAGCUGUACAGUUUGAUGGCUCAUUGGUAUAUCCGACGGCUCAAUUCAGCGGUGGACUUCAAGGACGAACACACCUGCGUGCAUCCCAGCCCAGAUAAGCGGGUGCUGCGUUUGUACGAUCUCAACACUCAUAUGAACUGCAGCACGUUUAAAGAAACCGACCAAGAGGCUUAUUUGGAGCAGACGCUCACCCUCAGCUGUGAUACCAAACAGCGAAAAAUGUCCAAGACCUGGAUGCUACCUGGAAACAUAUUGGUGCCUCCUGACAGUAACCAGAGCGAUACAAAUAACAAGGUUGUCAAAAAUGGCAGCCUUGAGAUAAAAUCGAUACGACCUGAGGACUCAGGUGUGUACACUUGCUUUGCCGUGAGUGAAUACCUUAACGAAACGCUCUAUGUGGUGGUCAAAGUCCACAACUUCACCCUCAACGGCAAUGGCGAGACCCUCAACACCGCGUACACCACUCUGGUGGGCUGCUUGGCUAGCGUGGUCCUGGUUCUUAUCUAUCUGUACCUGACACCCUGUCGCUGCUUCUGCUGUCCAGACCAGGGCAAAAAGAACCAGCAUGAAGACAGCAUCCACUCCUCCAUGCUCAGCGCCACCCCGACGCACGAGGAUAUGGCAACCAAAGCAGAGCUCAACAGGCACGUGGCCUUCAUAGACCCCAAGGACCUGCAGGGACAGAACGGAAAGGUGAAUCCUAACGGAGAGGAAGAAGUGGAUGAGGAGGCCAUGCAGGGAAAAGGAAAGCGGAAGAAAUCGGUGGCAGACUCGAUUAGUUCGGUCUUUUCUGAUACUCCCAUUGUAGUCUGAGGGAGGAUGUGUCUUUUUGGCUAGAGACAGUUCUUUGUUGUGGCUUUCCUGGACUAAGAGACUAAAGUACACAGUUUGCCAUCCUCAAUGUUUGGCUGUUUCUGCAAAACCUUUCCAGCAUUUUAAUCUGUAGCACUUAAGUAUAUACUGUGAAAAGGUCUUGCCAUAUUAGUGGAAUCUAAACUUGGAGUGUUUAGAUGUUCCUGUGAGUUUAAACCCACAAAGUGUGACUAGAGGUAGUCUGGGUAAACAACAAAUGCAAUUUGCGAUUUCUCAAUGAUCAAGCUAGAAAGCUAUAGGUUGAGAGACAUUAGAACAUUAAUACAUCCUCUAUAUAAUCACAUCAUAAGCAUGAGCUUUGCUGACUGCUAAUGUUAAGAAGAAUAUAGCAUAGAAUGAAACCCUUGUAGCUAAUCAUAUUUACCACAAUUUAUGCUAACUGACCAACCUUACCACUUUAUGUAAAGCCAUAUGCAGUUGGUCAUUACAGGAGAAAGCAAUGCACUAUAGCAUUUGAGGACAGUUACAAGAAAAUGAUGGAAAAGCAUUAGUUGUUUUGAAACAUUUACUGUACAUGAAACAUCCUCCACCUAUGAAAAAAAAAAAAAAAAACAUAUCCUGGUUAAACUCGAUUGGCUCUUUGAAUCUAGACUCUUUCAGUCCAAUUUCAUUAGCAAUUUUAGAAGUUUAAAUGUUGGAUACCAAUACAAAACUUCCAUCUAUAUGAAACUAUAUUUAAAUACAGCCAUUUGGGAAUGCAUUAACCCUCGCAUAAAAAAUGCAGAACGUGUGCAUUUUCAGCCGCUUGAGCUCAUCUGUCAUGACAACCAGGGAGUGACAUAUAACCGAAAUGCUAAUGCAAUCUUUUAAUAGAAUGACGUGUCCCAUCUGCUUGCAUUCUCAUCUCUAAAGCUAGGAUGAUUUAAGCCUGGAUUCAGCAGCCAAAACGGUUUCGGACACUCAGACCUCUUCUCACUCUCCGUUCAUUUGCACUUGUGGUGGUUGGAGUCAGUGAUGACUCAUCCAUUGUCAGAAUGGAUGUCAUUUUUUUAAGCCCUUGAAGCGCCGAUGUAAUAAAAAGCCAAAGGCUGAGGGAAUUUUUAAUUAUUAUUUUUUUAGCUCAAACCAUUAUCAUUUUCUGAAUGAAUUAAAAAUCAAGUUAGAAGUUUGAACUCAGGUCAAAACGCAGUGAUUAGCUGAAUGUUCUGAGAUUCUAAAUUAUUACUACAGGCAUACUGCAAUGAUCUUUCAAAGACCAAUAUUAUAUUUGCAUAUACAAUGCCAUAGGAAUCUAAAGAGACUGCUAUGAAUCAUAAUGUAAUGCGUUAUUUGGCUGUGCUCAAGGUAGAUGACUAGAUGCAUUCCAACCAGAUUUUAAUUACAACGUUAUUGGUGGACUCGAAAGGCAUGAUAGGACUGUUCUAGAACGCCAGUCAAUGAUGUUAGAGAACCAGGUGUGGAUUUAGAACGUUCCAGCGCAGCGCACACAGUCUCUAGAACCCUUAAUUCUGGGAAUGCCACUUCCAUUCUUGUGUUCCUGGAAAGAAAUCGGACACAUGUCACGUGUUAACCAUAACCACAUAUUUAUAACAGGGUCUGGUUGGGAUCAGCGGGAGCAAUCUUAGUUUCCUCCGACCUCUUUCCCUAGUAACAUCGUAAUUACAUCCUGUUUUGCGAGCGAGGGAGUGGGUGAAGCUAUUAAAUGUUUGAUAGGUGGAUGAACUCACAAACAGUAUUAUCUCAGGGAGAGGGAAUGACAGAUAAUAGCAGCUAUGGCAGACUGCAGUCAUGGGCAGUUACGGUCUCUUACACGUUUCUCCAGCUGCAAUCCAAAAUUAGUGUGGAGGGGAGGGAAAGGCCUUACCAUCACGAGCGCUGUGGGAGGAGGCCUGAGAUCUCUGCGGUCUGUUCGCAAAGAGACAGAAAAGCCAAGUGCUCCCCCUAAAACCACAUCCAGCAGCUUUUCACCUCUGUCGUGUGUGUUCUUCUGAACUGUGUGUCCUUGGCUAUUUCGCUAUGAGCAGAGUUCCACUGUUCAUUACUCAGCAUUUGACAGUACAUCUGUGCUUUUGUAUGUGCAAACAGUGUUUGUUUUUACAGUGUUUAUGAGAUCGUGUCAUUUUAGGUAGCUUUUUUCCACUUGAGGUUCCAAAGAGACUCAAUUAAUUCCUUGUUCUUUCUGUGUAUUGUUCCUAUACAGUUGUCUAGAUUCCACUUGUGACUAUAGGAUAUUGGUAAACCUAUUUUAAUGACACUGACUGUAAAGGUCUUUCUCUGUCAUGUAUUUUGAAAUUUGAUCAUCUAUUUGUCUAUUAUAUGUUGUUAUAUAGGCACAGAAAUUGAGAUUUUUUAAUGUCAGUAAAUUAAAUCUCAAGAAGCAUCACAGACUGCAUCAAAGCACCAAAACUGUUGCAUUAAUUAGAAAUUUCAACAUGAAUCACUGUUCGCAGCCCGUUUUCCUUUUGUAAUCAGAAAAGUGGGGCAGAAAAUUUAUUGAAUUGUGAAAAGUAGCGUUAUAAACCAGAAUGGAGCCAGACCGAAUGCAAGUUUGAUGAAUAAAAUGCCUGAAUAGCUCUGGCUAUUGGUUAACGUCCAAAAAAAAUGCAAGUCAUUCUGAUUAAUAUGCUAAAGACAAACUGUUUUUUCCUUGAAAUAACUGAAGAAUUGUUCAUAAUAAAUCUAAUAAAUAAGUAAAUAGGGUGAAUUUUGAUUACAUGUUGACUUGAAGCCUCUCAGAAUGUCAAAAUAGCUCAUUUUAGAAGCACUUGUGCAAAUGUUAAGUCUCAAAACUGUCCUAUAUUAGCUUUAGUAUCAGGUUAUAGGCCCGUUCACACCAAGGACGAUAACUAUAAUAGUAACUACAAAGCUGUAAUAAUCACUCUAUUUCUUUACGAAUAGUGGAGUCCAAACCACAACUUUAACUAUAAGGGCAACUAUAUGGUUGGAAUUACUUUCACAAUUUUUUUUUUCCAGCUGACGAACAAUAAAAAAAUAAAUAAAAAAUAAAAUCAGAAUCCACACAACUUUAAGAAACUUGAGCAUUUAAAGUGGCAAAUUACAUAAUUGCAGCUACAGUACAUUAAACAAUGUUUUGUUGAAGUGGUUUUGUUGGACAUGGAAUAAAUUUAUCGUUACAGUUAUCCUUUUUGAUAUGAACGGCCUUAAAAACAUGGUGCUAGAGAUACGUGGUACUAGAGACUAGAUCAAGUCCCUUCUGUUCUUUACUAACAUUUAGACGUUUACAUUUAAACUCUAAAUUAACAAAAUUCAAAACAAGUAACAAUAUCAACAGCAUUUGAUAGUUAGUCUAGUCUAUUAAUUCUAGAUUUGAGUACAUAAAAUACAGAAAAAGUAGACUAACACAAAUCUACCAGAAUCUCAGAAAUGUAGACAUAUCUGUACCAAUUCUUAGUAAGCAAGCAUCCUGAUAUACAUGCAUACUGCUGAACAAACUGUGUGAACCCUAAUUGGUUUGAGAUCUAAAGUCUCAGCCAUCAUUGCUAGUCUCUGAAAGCGAGAAUAUAAAUAUUGUCAGGUCCAGUAUUAGAGCUAGAGGCCUUACUGUAAAAGCUUAUUUAGUCUGAAUGUCAAAAAUGAGACUGAUGAGCGCCGGGUGGCGUAGAUCCCUAUCCUAGAGUGAAAUGGACUGCUUGAGGAUAAUCCAGAAACUGAUUCUGGACCAGCAGACCUCCCACAUGGAAGUUUAUCUAUGAGAAGUAUCAUUUAUCAAUAAAAUAAAAGCGAAUAAAAAAAAAUGAAAUGGACUGUUUUUCCUGUUUUUAUGCUUCCCGUCUAGUCAUAUAGACAUUUAGCAGACACUAUUUAUCUGAAGCAACCUCUAUUAGGAACCAUAAGUUUCCACAAUAACCACAUUAUUAUAUACAGAAUCUUUGACAUGAGCACUUAUUACAUGCUUGAAUUGCAUACUUGCCCCAAGAGAUAAGAUGAAAUUAUUUUGUGUUAAAUUGACAGUGUACCACAAAUACUGAUUUUUAUUUAAACCAAAAUAGUAAAGCUGCACUCACUAGGUCAUUUCUACAAUGACAUCUGUAAACUAAGCUUUGCAGCAUCUACGACCAUUAUUCAUCCAGCGC